CCAGUGGCGACCCUCUUCUCACAGGCUGGGCCACUUGGGCCACAGGGUCGCGGGCUGUGGGUGCAGGGCGCCUGUCCCACGCGGGACCCGCAGCCCACGGGAGGCCCGCAACCCCCGCUCAGGAUUUCUCCCCGGCGACGGCCUUUGUGACGGAUGCUGUGCGUCGUUGCCCUGUGACUGUUGUGACCACUAUUUUGAGAAAACCCUUUAUGUUGCGUGAGCUUUGAACAAGGGCAGAUAAAAGAAGCAGAGACCAGAACGCUUUCUGAGUUGUCAGAAGAUAAUGUAGCAGGGGGGAGGGGGGGCAAGAGCAAUAUACGUAACCUUAACAUUUGUACCCCCAUAAUAUACUGAAAACAACAACAAAAAAAGAUAAUGUAGCUACUCCUUUCUGUUUGCAUGGGCACUUUGUCUCAAGGGCUGUGGAACACAGGGCCAAAAGAAUGUUUGAAGGGGAGAUGGCAAGUUUAACUGCCAUCCUGAACACAGGCACGGUGAAAGUGCCCAAGCCCAUCAAGGUUCUGGACGCGCCCGGAGGUGGGAGCAUGCUGGUGAUGGAGCAUCUGGACAUGCGCUAUCUGAGCAGUUAUGCUGCACAGCUUGGAGCCCAGCUGGCAGAUUUGCACCUUGACAACAAGAAGCUUGGAGAGUCGCUUCUGAAGGAGGCUGGCACUGUGGGGAGAGGAGGCGGGCACGCGGAACGACCCUUCAUAGACCAGUUUGGGUUUGACGUGGUGACAUGCUGUGGAUACCUUCCCCAGGUGAACGACUGGCAACAGGACUGGGUUGCGUUCUACGCCCAGCAGCGCAUCCAGCCCCAGAUGGACAUGGUGGAGAAGGGGUCUGGGGACAGGGAGGCCCUUGAGCUUUGGUCUGCUCUGCAGUUGAAGAUCCCUGACCUGUUCCAGGGCCUGGAGAUCGUCCCAGCCUUACUCCACGGAGACCUCUGGGGAGGAAAUGUCGCGGAAGACUCCUCUGGGCCUAUCAUUUUUGAUCCAGCCUCAUUCUACGGCCACUCAGAGUACGAGCUGGCCAUAGCCGGCAUGUUUGGGGGCUUCAGCAGCUCCUUUUACAGCGCCUACCACAGCAAGAUCCCCAAGGCCCCAGGGUUUGAGAAGCGCCUGCAGCUGUAUCAGCUCUUCCACUACUUGAACCACUGGAACCAUUUCGGGUCAGGGUAUCGAGGAUCCUCCCUGAACGUCAUGAGGAAUCUCAUCAGAUGAGCUGCCUUCGCUGGAGGGAGGCCUCUCUCCGAGGAGGGCGCUGGGCCCCGAGAUCAGGUGCUACCGAGGGCGCCCAGCGGCCUUCCCGUGCCUCCACAGGCUCUUCACGUGGCUGGAGUAGCCUAAGACCAACACGGCUGCUUAUUCCCAAGCCGUGUGAAGUGUGUAACACCCCAGAGGAAAGGUUUUGUCGUCCUAAAGUUGCUCACUUUGUCAGACUUCGCAGCAAGCUAGAGCUGCAGCCGGCAGGGUAUGAACAGAGAGCCUGGAAGUAUGGGUGGCAUCCAGCCACGCAGCUGCUCCAGAGGCGGAGCACCGUGAGUGAUGUCACGGGUGGGGCAGGGUGUCUGGUGCCUGGGCUCUAAGGACACCUUUCCGCAUCCCGCCCACUCUUGUGUGCAGGAAAGACUCUGAGCUGUGCCCAGUGACCUGCCUGCUGGGAGGGACUUGGGUCUGGACGUGAAACCACCUCGCUGGAAGCUUCUGUGAUGACCAGUUCUAAACUUGAGCAUGUUCCCUCUUCUCUCUGCGUUACCUCUGGCCCCUGCCACAGGCUGAGCAGGCUGUGAACCAAUCCUGGAGGGACCAAGAUGACAGCCUGCGGUGUCCUCGCUCGGGUAAAUUCAGGAGCCUCGAUCGCCCCUGUUGCGGCCCCAUCUCCUGUGCUCUUUCUAAAGCUUGCUCAGUUGUCAUUCCUUCGCAACAUACGAAAUACACUGAUAUCUUCCCUCCCUCA